GUAGUAUGCAGUAUUUCUGAUGAAGGGAGCUCACUUUACCUUCUAUCUUCACCUCUUCCUGCAGGAAAAACCCUAGUUUGCAUGAAUUAUGUCAUCUCACUCUCAGUGACCACGUGACUUGAAUCAUGUGACUCCAUCCAACCAAUGAGCUGUUUAAGGCGUGGUCUGCACAAAAAUAAAGAACUCCUAAAUAUGCCAAAUGCUCGACUGCGGAGAAGAAGAAAGGGUGUUUAAAUGUGAUGUUUGUGUGGAUGUUUUCUUGUUAUUUAUAAAAUAAUGUGUUCUUUUUGGUGCUAACAUCUUCGGUCGGACAUACCAGAAGAGUCGAGCAUCCAUCAUAACGAUGCACCCCUCGCCCGAAGCCGUUAGCGAUGAAGACAUACUCGACUGUGUGCAAAGAGGAAACGUUGAGGAGUGCUUUGAAUUAAUUCAAAAUGAUAGAUCAAUUCUUAAACAGCAAGGCUGGGCUGGUUUCACCGCUCUUCACUAUGCUGCCAUCCAUGGAAAUCGUGCCAUUGUAGAGUUAUUCUUGAGCAAUGGAGCUGAUCCAAACUGCAUGUGUGAUGCAGGACAAACAGCCUUUCAUUUUGCCUGCAGGCAAGGAAACAUCUACAUCAUGCAUACAAUGAUGCAGUACGGAGCCGACUUGCGCCUCAGAGACUUUCAAGGAAAAUCCUCCCUGCAUCAUGCAGUUACUGGAGGUAACAUUGUUGCGAUUCACUUUUUGUGGGAGACAGGAAUGUUUCGCUUCACAGACACAGAUAUGUUCAGGGUCACUCCUCUUCACUUGGCUGCAUCCACUGGAAACAUAGAAGUAGUUUCCUAUUUGCUGAAAGAGAAGAGGUGUUUUGUUGAAGCAGUUGACCACCAGGGGGCGACAGCGUUUCACGUUGCAGCAGAGAGAGGUGGAAUAGAGAUAUGCUGGACACUGCUGCAGAGGGCUGGGUGCAGGAUUCUUCAUCAAAGGAACUACAAUGGCUUCUCACCACUGGAUCUUAGUAAACAAGGGAGAACCUUCAGACAUCAGCAACUCUCCAAACUACUGAGUCGGUACAUCAGAGAGCCAUUACACCACAAGCCCACAGAUUCAAAUGCUUUAUACUACUGGACUCUGUUUUUCCCAUCUCUGGGCGGAGCUGCCAUACUGCUGAUAGCAGCCAUGUUGGGAGGCUAUGGGGGGCUCGCAUGUUUGUUCCUCUUCCCAUGGCUGGCCCAAAGUAUUUUCUCACAGUAUCACCGCAUGGCCACAUAUCAAAGGUUACCUAACCCGAUAUAUUUAGGGACUCUUAUAGCAGGUAUCCUGCAUUCCCUGCUGUGCUUCUACGGAAGAAUGAUACCUAGUGCGUGGCCAUACAGUUCCCUGGCGCAGGUGUCUUUGUUCCACUUCUCCGUGCUCCUUGGUAUGUUCUUGAGGAUUCUGAGUCAGGACCCCGGAGUUCUGGACAAAGCAGAUUCGGAUCCUCGAUUCUCCUGUAUUGCUGACCUUGUGGAGAACAACGAGAACCUUCAAAGAUUCUGUCCGUACUGUGAGCUGUUUCAGCCUGAUUACACCAAACACUGCAAGCUUUGUCAAGCCUGCAUCAAAGACUACGACCAUCACUGCCUUUUCCUGAACCGUUGCAUUGGCCGAGACAACCACCGUCUUUUCCUCUGCUUCAUCUUUGCCAUGGUGAUUGCCCAUCUUCUGUUUGUUGCCAUGGCGAUGUGUUACCUGUACAGCAAGAUGUCUGCUGAGGGUCGCAGCUUGUCACAAUGCCUAACACUGCUGGGUGAGGAGUUCUGGGUCGUGGUCAUGAUGGUUCUGAAUGCAAUUACUCUUUUUUGGGAGGGUUGGCUUUUGAUUGAACAGUUUGACGCCAUUGCCUCGGUGACGACCAUCUACUUCAGACAUGGCCAAAGCCCUGCACGACAGAAGUCACAAAGCCAACGUUGGGCCAUAGUUCUCACAUUUCUGCUGGAGGGACGAAAAUGGUUGGGCAGCAAGACAAGCAGUGAGGACUUACCAACCGUAGAUAUUUAAAACUGUCUCACUAUUAGUCAGCUCACUGUUUUUAAUCAUUGACUGUACAUGAGAACUGGACUGAGUGAGUGUGACAUCACCCAUAGAAAAUGUCUUACUUCUGGCUCCAACCAAAGGAAGUCAAGUCAGUCACCAUUUUUUUUUUGCAAUACAGAUUUCGCCAUGUUGGGACUUAUGUUACGCUAGUAAGCAGUGAUUGGUCCAAAUCUGUGUGGGUCAUCGUGUCUAUGGCAACCACUCUCGUUAAUCAGGAGUGAACUUAUUUAAAGUCCACUCUCCUACAACUUGAAAGCAGGUUUGAGAAAAUCAAUUUGAACGUUCGACGUGGGAACUAGCAUCUGAUUGGCCAGUUUAUAACUUGAACAACUUGCACUAAAAUUUUGCACAAAAAAAAUAGGAUUGGCAAAAAUAUGUUAAGCAGGUAGUAGAGCAACAAUAGUAAUUCUGACAAAUAAAAUGACUGAGUAAUAGCUGUUUAUUUUUCAAUAGAAGUCUAUGGCAUUUUACUUUCUUGGAUACUUCCUGUUUAGAAUCUGAGGAGGUAAGGGAUCACUGAGUUCAGUUCUCAUUUAUAGUCAAUGGUUUUUAAAUUUGGACAAUUUUAAAACUUGUAUAGUUUGCUUUUAUUUUGAAGUUUUUUUUUUUUUUUUUAGAAUUUCCAACUUUCUAGUUUGUCCUCACUAUGACUUCUCAAAGAAAUGUCAGCUAUUUGUCUUCUAAGUGUACCAUAAAAAAAUCUGCACAAAAUUUUAAACACACCUGUUACUGCUUCCAAAUAAAUGUUGCCACUGUAUCCUAAAAUAUGUAAAAGCUCGAGAACAUUUUGAGGUGCUUUAAAAUCGUUUUUCUGAACAUAAAGGAGCUAGCUCCAAAUCAUUUGUGCCAGGACACUUUCUCUGCCCUGACUAAUGGGGUGUUCUUUUUUCAUAUCUUCAAUUACACACUCUCAUUUCCUAUGUGUCACUCAGAUCCUUAUUUCUAGAUUAUGGAUGAAGUUCCCCCCACCCCUCUGAGCCUGAACUAGCUGUGUGUGGCUUCAUGGUGAAGCAGUAGUGUCUACUGUUCUGUCUCUUGCAUACUAACCUGUGCACGUAUGUGACUGAUAAAUGUAAGCCUGUUACUGUGUUAUGCUGUUGUCCUUACAUUUCAGUGAAUUUUAUUUUAUUUUUAAUAUUAUUUUGCAUAUGUAAUGUUUUCUAUGCUGUGAAACUACACAAUUAAAAAUGUAAAAAGAAAAAAAGCGUGUCAUUUUUUUUACAAAAAAUUACUAACUGAUUGAUAUUUCCUUGUAGGUUGAGGGAAAUG